UUGCCAGUAACCGACCCGGCUGAAAUUAGAAGUCAAAUUGCCAUUCUCUCUCCUCUGUCUGUCUCUGUAUCUCUCUCAAGUCUCAAGCCUGUCCCCUACCUCUCAUUAGCUCCAGGCUCCAACUUCGCCACCGGCCACCAGUUUUCGGAAGGUCAUCACUGGAUUCCAUGAUUCUGAAUUGUAACAAAAUUUGAAAAAUUGGUGUCUUAAUGCUCAUUUGGUGACUGGAUGGCAAUCAUACCUUGUGGAAAUACAUGGGUGACCCGGUGGGGAGUUCAGCCUCAGUGCAUACUAAGACCCUCUACUACCAACAGAUUAUUGCCAUCCCCGAAUUGUGCAUCAAGUGGGAAUAGGUCACUGGCAUCACAAAAUUCGGCCUUUUAUUCUCAAGAAUCUUUGCGUGCACUUUCCAAUUUUGGGACAUACAAUAAUACAUAUCAUCGAAGAGGAGCUAGGCUGAUUGUUAGAGCUGAGAGAGAUUACUACUCUGUGCUUGGUGUAUCGAAAAAUUCGAGCAAGUCCGAAAUCAAAAGUGCAUAUCGAAAGCUGGCCAGGAGCUACCAUCCUGAUGUCAACAAGGAAGCUGGAGCAGAAGAAAAAUUCAAGGAAAUCAGCAAUGCUUACGAGGUUUUGUCAGAUGAUGAGAAGCGUUCUAUUUACGACAGGUAUGGGGAGGCAGGACUUAAAGGUGCUGGCGCUGGCAUGGGAGAUUUCAGCAACCCAUUUGAUUUAUUUGAGUCAUUGUUUGAGGGAAUGGGUGGUAUGGGUGGUGGCAUGGGCAUGGGAGGAAGAGGCUCUCGUAACCGGGCCACAGAGGGUGAAGACCAGGUUUAUAAUCUGGUCUUAAACUUCAAAGAAGCUGUGUUUGGUGUGGAGAAGGAGAUUGAAAUAACUCGUCUUGAGACCUGCAACACCUGUGAUGGAUCGGGGGCAAAACCAGGUACAAAUGCGUCUAAAUGCAGCACGUGUAGCGGUCAAGGGCAGGUCAUCUCCUCAGCAAGGACCCCUCUAGGUGUCUUCCAACAGGUUAUGGCAUGUUCCACCUGUGGUGGCACUGGAGAAAUCUCCACCCCUUGCAAUACAUGUGGUGGAGAUGGCCGGGUUAGGAAGUCGAAGCGCAUCAGCUUGAAAGUUCCUGCCGGAGUAGAUUCUGGCAGUCGUCUGAGGGUCCGGUCUGAAGGAAACGCUGGACGGAGAGGGGGGCCGCCUGGAGACCUUUUUGUUCUCAUAGAAGUUCUUGCUGACUCUGUCCUGAGACGAGACGACACGAACAUCCUCUACACGUGUAAGGUUUCUUACAUAGACGCCAUCUUAGGAACAACGACGAAGAUGCCCACAGUAGACGGGAUGGUGGACCUCAAGAUUCCAGCCGGCACUCAGCCAGGUACGACUCUGGUUAUGGCGGGAAAAGGUGUACCGUUUCUGAACAAGAACAAUACGAGGGGUGAUCAGCUGGUUAAAGUGCAAGUAGAGAUCCCAAAACGUCUAAGCGGGGAAGAGCGGAAGCUCAUUGAAGAACUGGCCGACCUAAACAAGGUGAAGGCUACCAACAACAGGAGAUAGUUGGGGGUUGCUUCUUCUCCACCCUUCUGACUGGAUCUCGUCUUUGUGCUAAGCUCCUUGAUGCUCCGUUGCCAUCGGAAUCCACAUCUGCACCAUUCCUGAAUGCAGAUAGGAAUUCUGUUGAUCAAUUUUGUGUCGUGCUACUACAUUUAUACAUAAGAAAUCAGGUGAAUAUAGUAAGAUAAGAUUGUAUUGUUUGUGUGGAAAUAGACUAUCACCAUUAUUUAUUGUAGCAUCGUAUGAUCAUACAGUCUACAGAAGUUGCUAAUUGGUUAACAUGUUCUUCA